AUGCGCUCGGCGAGAUUAUUGCCUCUAGGAUUUCAAGAUCAUAAUUUCAAAGAAUUAACGAAGUUCAAAAGUUGUAAAAAAUUUACAUUUUUCGAGUCAUCUUCAAAAAGCUCGACCAAAUCACGCAAUCUUACUGAAUAUCUGACUACGAUGGAUGCGCAAGCUACCGACGCGGUUACUGUGUCGGUGAGACUGCCCCACCAAAAGCAGGAGGUUCAAUUGAACCUGGUGAAGUCCUCAAGCGUCCAAGUUGUUGCCGACAUUUUGCAGUUUUCGCCAUCAUCAAGAUGCUUGACAAAUCUUGAACUCUUUCAGAAAAGCCAGAAACUCACUGGUGAUGAGAUCCUGAAAAACUUGUCAAACUCUGAUUCGCUUAAGCUGGAUGUCAAGUUCAAGCCUUACACAGCAAGAGACGCAUUAAGGCAUGUAACUUUGGUUCGCGACACAAUUGGGUUUACGUCUGAGACCCAAGACGGCAUCUCCGAUUUUGCUAUCUCCACUGGCUCUCAGAUCUCUAGCAUGCCUUUACGCCCCAUAAAGAGCUCGCCCCCAUUGAAAGGCGCGAACGGCGAGUCUUCAGCUUUCGAAAUAUCGGAAGAGGAAAAGAAAGACCUCCAACAAACAGUGAGGGAUUCCUUGAGCAAGCGCCAAACUGUUAAUGAAAUUCUUAAGGCCAAAUCGGGUAUCAUCACGCCCUGCCUUCGUUCCUUGGCAUUGUCCGCUUACAACCCUGUUCCUCCAUUUUACAGAACCAAAGGGCAUUUGUUGUACUUGCAUGUUAUCACACUCGAAAACGAGGCAUUUCAUGUAACUGCAACGUCUUCUGGCUUUUACGUUAACAAGUCGACAUCCACUAAGUUCGAUCCUAGUCCUAGAAGCGAAGGCGAAGUUCCAAAGGUUUCUCUUUUAGAUUUGUUCUCGACUCAUUCCAAGAAGUUCAAGGACCAUCUCAGCAAACUCGAGAAGAAAGUUAGCUCUCUUGAUUCCGUUUUCACCGCCAGACCCUCAACUACUUUCCUGGGCAAGCCUUGGUUAGUUUCGACUACUCCCUCCGGCGCAGGGCACCAUAGUCGCCUGCAAUUGAGCGAGGCUGAUUUCAAUACCGAGAGAAACUUCAAUGAUGAGUUCCAAGCGAUCAAGGAUAUGACAUCAAGUGACUUUCAAUCUAUCGUUGACACCGAAAAGCUGACCGCCAAAGUUUACCAAGAAUUUACUGAAACAGCUGUUAAAGAUGCAAUGUCGAUUUUUUACGAUGAUUUAGUUCCCAUGAAUCCCGAGGCGCCUAGCCGCGAGCAUAUUUAUUUGAAGAACAACAUCUUUUACGCCUUUGUAGGAGAUGUUAAUGGAAAUUACACCAAAGUUGGCGGUGAUGCUGCAGCGUUUGCGGCGUCCAACCAAGACCUGCAGGCCGUUAAGCUAUUGCACCGUGUCAGCCUGUCCGAGAUUCAUUAUCUUCUGUGUGUGAUAAUUGACUUUGCAGGCCGGAGAGUCUUGGCUCAAACCCCAGUUCCGGGGCUUCUCAGCGCUAUGGGCAGCGUGAAUAAGAAAAACCCCGAGACGGAUGAAAUUAUAACUGAGGAUCUUGUCUCCGAUGUCAAUGUCGUUUAUGGGCUAGAUGAGGCCACCGGCGAAGUUUUGUUUGAUGAAGAAUUUGAUGAGGCAUUAGAAUCUUUCAGCAAAGUCUUCCAUUUGAAGAACCACGAGGCGGGCUCAGCGAAAAUCAAGUUCUCGUCGAACUCUAAGGGAAUAGUAGGAUCUGACAAGAGAAAGUAUGUUUUAGACCUGGCCAACUCUCACCCGCUUGACUCGCAGUUCGCUAGAAAGUACUACGAUAAUGUACCUGAAUCCCAGCGCUACCCUCACAGACAAACCUUGGUUCGCAACGAGCUCGUUGACAAGUGGUGGGCUAGCAAACUGGAAGGCUCUGAUUUGACUUUUGAAAAAGCUUUCGACGAGAAAUUGUUUGCGUUCAAUCCGGAUGCGUAUAUCAGAGAAGGCGUGGAAGAUCCACUGGUCGAGGAGGUAUCCAGCUAUCUCACUAACGAAGUUUUGCCUAGCUUCGCCAAAGACUACGCUAUCGGUAAUCUGACUGCUCCAUAUGACGGUGACCACUUAACAGACUCAAUGCACAAAAAUGGUAUCAACAUGCGGUACCUCGGCAAGUUGAUUGAACUAGCUGAGAACGAAUUGAAGGACCAAGUUGUUCAGCACCAAUCAAAAACUUCUGAAGUUGCUGCUUCUAACGAAGAACACAAGAAAUGGGAAAAGGAUUACCUUAUCAAAAUCGAAAAGCUUAUUAAAGAGAGACAAGCGAAAAUAAACAAACUUGUUCAAGAAGGUAAAGAUAUCCCUGAAGACUUGAAAGGAAACCUUAAACUUGACGAGAAAGACAUUAGAAAGCCAACCAAGGGCAAGGCAGCGAUUGUGAAUAAAGACCAGCUAACUUGCUUGAUCAAAGUUUCGCAGCUAGAAAUCGCAGCUCGUUCUUUGAAGCACGUUCUAAGGGAGUACACCAAGGACUUGCCUAUCCCAGUUCUACCGAGCGUUGUUGUCUACUUCUUUAAUUUGUUGUUUGGCAGCUCAUUCAAUGAAACGCCCGAAGUCGAGAUCGUGGAUAGCUUUUAUGCGGGAAAGAGUUUUUCGUUUGCUAAGCUUUCUCGCCAAGGCCUUUUGAAGGAAAUUUGCAACCAAGCUCAGCGUCGUUUUAUCUACACUCUUCCAAAUGAUGUUGUCGAAGAAUUUUGCAGUGGCGCUUUCCCGCUCAUUAGAGCUAUAUCAAAAAAGUUUGGCAUUCAAUUCUUGAACAAAGAAUACUUCUUUACACAAGAACAGUUCGAGAAGUUUUUGCAGUCUCAGGAUAAGAAGACAAAGAGCAAAAUUGAAGUUCCCAAAGCGACUUUUUCGGUUAAUGACCUAGUUUUAAUUCCUAUCGUCAAAGAUGGAGAUUACAGGUCACUAACUGGAGACAAUUUCUGGAAUCAAGGCGCCGCCAUUUUGAACGAGAAAGAGGCAGACGGCUUGGUGCUGUUGUCUCAAGCUUUGACCAUAAAAGAGGAGGUCAAUGGUGUCAUUCAUCACUCUGUUGCCGAGUCAUACAUGGCAAUGUCAACGAUAUAUCAUACUUUGAAGAGAAUUCCAGAAGCUUUGACUUAUUGUCGUAAGGCUUGUGCCAUAUAUGAAAGAACUUGUGGUGUUGAUUCUUUUGAGGUUCUCAGAUGCCUAACAAACUUGGCUAUUUUGGAGAUAAGUAACAAAUGUCCUUCAAACGGUGCCUUAGUGUUGCAGAGAAUCAUGAAUACCCUAGAUGCUUUAUGUGUUGCUAUCCACCCUGCAGUAAUCAACGCGUACACAAUGUUGCAACAAGCAUCUCUAGCCAGUAAGGAGCCAAAGCUAGCAAUCGAGGUAAUGAAAAAACUCUCAGAAACUAUUCUCCAGAUUGAAGAUGGCGAACGCACUAUUGCCUACGGUUAUAAUCAGUCUCGUUUGGGUGAUCUUUAUGCUACCUUGAACGAUCUCAACGGUUCAUUAAAAGCCAUCACGGAAGCAAGAGAAGUUUUCCAAAGAGAAUUGGGCUUGAAUGAUGAAACAACAGCGCAGUGCAACCAAUGGGUCACUAGUAUCGAAGCCUUGAUGGAAUCGCAGCUUCAACAGCGAAAGUUAACUCAGCAGCAGUCAACCGUGAACUCUUCCGGAACAGCAGCUAAUAGAAAGCAAAAACCUUCGAAGAAGCAAGAGGAGCCUAACCCAGAGCUCGCCAACAAGUCAGUCGACGAAUUGUUAAGUUUCAUCGAGGGCACAAAGCCCAAGAACUCCAAAGGUAAAAAGAAAAACAAAAAGUGA